GGAGCGCGCGUGUGUGUGUGUGCCUUUGCAGCCUCAUCUCUGUGUUCGGUCGGUUUAAGCCGGAUCCCACAUUUCGCAAGGUUAGCGCACGCAAGCUAGCACGAUGUCGAGGGUGUACAUCGGACGACUGAGCUACAGGGCCCGAGAGAAGGACGUGGAGAGAUUCUUCAAAGGCUACGGGAAGAUACUCGAAGUCGACCUGAAAAACGGGUAUGGGUUUGUUGAAUUUGAUGACCCACGUGAUGCAGAUGAUGCUGUGUAUGACUUGAACGGCAAGGAGUUGUGUGGGGAGAGGGUCAUUGUGGAGCACACCAAGGGACCCCGUCGGGAUGGAGGUUAUGGUGGUAGUGGCGGAGGCGGUGGUGGCGGAGGCGGCGACAGAGGCGGCGGCGACAGAGGAGGCGGCGAUAGAGGAGGCGGCGACAGAGGUGGCGGCGACAGAGGUGGCGGCGACAGAGGCGGCGGCGACAGAGGUGGUGGUGGAGGAGGUGGUGGAGGAAGAAGUGGAUAUGGCCGCUGGGGAAGAGACAGAUAUGGUCCACCGAUAAGGACAGAUUAUCGGCUCAUUGUUGAGAAUCUUUCCAGCCGCUGCAGCUGGCAGGACUUGAAGGACUACAUGAGGCAGGCCGGGGAGGUGACUUACGCUGACACCCACAAGGGCCGGAGGAAUGAGGGGGUGAUCGAGUUCAGGCUCUACUCCGACAUGAAGAGGGCUCUGGAGAAGCUCGAUGGCACAGAAGUGAACGGCAGAAAGAUCCGGCUGAUCGAGGACCGCCCCGGAGCCAGACGCAAACGCUCUUAUUCUCGCAGCCGCAGCCAUUCCAGGUCCCGCUCCAGGAGCCGCAGGUCUCGCAAGAGCCGCAGCCGCAGCGAGAGCAGCAGUCGCAGCCGCUCCCGCUCCAGAGCGGCGUCCAACUCCCGCAGCCGAUCUCGUAGCAAGAAGAACAAGAUCAAGGUCAAGAAGGAGGAGGAAGAGCGCAGCAACGGCGCUCCAAAGAACAAGGAGCGCAGCAGGAGCCGCAGCCCCAAGAGCAGGAGCCCCAAAAGCAGGAGCCCCAAGAGCCGUAGUCCCAAAAGCAGGAGCCCCAAGAGCCGCAGCCCCAAGAGUAAAAAGAGCAAGAAAGACGUGAAGAAGAACAAGAAGGAUGAGUCCAGGUCCAGGUCUCGCUCUCGUUCCAGGUCUCGUUCAAGAUCUGGGAUUAAGGAUCGCUCCAGGAAAUCCGGCUCAAAGAGCCGCGAGCAGCCCAAGAGCGAGGACGAGGGAGGCGAGGCCGAGCGUGGCUCCCGCUCUCGUUCACGCUCCCCCGCCGAAUGCAAAACCAGAGCCAGGUCUAAAUCCAAGUCCAAGUCCAAAUCCCGCUCCCCCUCCCCCACCAAAGCCCGCUCCCACUCCCGCUCCGCCUCCCGCUCAGAGUCCCGCUCCAAGUCCCGUUCCAAAUCCCGCUCCCAGUCUCGUUCUCGCUCCCGUUCCCGCUCGUAGUUCAUAUUUUGAACAGUUUUGAUCCCUUCUCCCAGUGUCUCCCACUACCCGCCAUUUACAUUUCCCGAACCCCUCCACUCUUUCCCCCCCCCCCCCCCCCCCUUUUUUUGAUAAAUAGCUGUAGAUGACCAGGCACUCGACGUCUUUUAUGCACACGCUACUCCAUUUCAUUUGACUUUUACUCUGUGUAUUUUUUCAUUAGCUCUGUCUCGUAUGGGGGUGUUUGUAAAACAGGGUGCAAAUCUCAGUUUUAUAAGUUUAAAUGAUGGUAUGGUGCGUGUCUUAGCCUUUUUUUAAUCCAAUGUAGAAGCAUACUGUUUCGUCAGAAAGCCUGGUGGGAAGAAGUUCCACCAUCUCACCUUUUUGUGAAAUCCUUGUAUCAUUUUAUUUCAGAUUAAAGAAACACCUGUUAUACAUUG